UCAUGGAUCCUCUCUGUCUGCUGCAGAAAAGCUUCUUUGAUGAAGGGGAGGCAGGACAGUGUGUGAGAGAAGUCUGUUCCAUUCUAUCUUGUGCCCAGCACCUUAGUCACACAGCCCCAGGACAGUGCUGCCCCAAAUGUUUGGGUCAGAGGAAAGUAUCUGACCUUCCUUUUGGGAGCUGCCUCUUUCAUAGUGAUGUUUAUGACAAUGGAUCCUCAUUUCUGUAUGACAACUAUACAACAUGUACCUGCAAGGACUCUACAAUGGUGUGUAAGAAGAAGUGCUCCCACCCUGGUGCCUGUGACAAAGAUGCAGAGGCCUGUUGUGAAGAGUGUCUCCUACAAGUGCCCCCAGAAGACGUCAAAGUGUGCAAGUUUGGUAACAAGAUUUUCCGGGAUGGAGAGAUGUGGUCCUCUGUCAACUGUACCAUCUGUGCUUGUGUGAAAGGCAAGACAGAAUGUCACAAGAAGCAGUGCAUUCCUAUCAGCAGCUGCCCACACGUUAUGUUUUGA